CUUCCUCCCCUCUCCUCUUCUCCUCUUGCAUCUCCCCCAGUCCAGUUCCUCGACCUGCCCGCUUGGACCGUACUGCUACACCACCAACUGCGACGUGACAUUCUUGCUGCCGCCAUUGGCUGAUCCAUCCCUCUGCGGCCAAUCACCAGCUCGACCCAAACAACCUAACCCAGAUUCACCUAUUACUGGAUCUACCAGCCGUUGCUUAAGCCUUACCCCGGACUUUGUGCUCUACUGCUACUGCCAACUGCAACUGCUCUCUGCUCUGCUUGCUUCUUGCUACCGUCUCUCACCCCUCUCUGGUACGCUCCUGACCACCUCAGCUGCCCUCGACCACUGCUGAGACCCCUCUUGUCUUCUUCCUUUCUACUCUUUGCACUUUCUAUCCCAAGAUCAGCUUCCUUCUGUUCGUUUCUGGCGCGUCCGCAGUCCAGACCAACAGCAUGUUGCCAUCGCGGGCUAUCCGCGCCUUCCCCGCAUUCGCCGCCCUACGCCCCUUUACCACUUCCUCCACCUCCUAUCGCUCCCCCUCCAUCCGUGAUAUCACUCCUGAAAAUGCUGUCGAGUUCGACCAGCGGCAGAAGGAAUUCCGUGAGAAUCUAGAGUUAGCCCGGAAGAAGAAAGAAGAGCAAGAGAGUCAGUCUGCCAAUUCGUCUGUUCCGAAUCCCCGUCGUGACCGUGCCCAAGAACAACUGCAAUUAGAUGCCGCGAGCGAAAGCAGUGCAAAGCGAGGGGCUCUUUCUUCGUUGAUCUACGGCACCAAGGAAGGGCAGGUAUUUGACAAGGACAUCGAGCGCUCAUUCUCACAGGUGCUGGCCCGGGGUAAAUAUGUCCAUUCCAUUGUCUUCCACGAAGUCAAGCCGGACAAGGUCGAGGAGUAUGUAGAGCUUGUUGGAAAAUGGUACCCGAAGAUGGCCUCGCUAGAAGAGAACAAAGUCAACCUGGUGGGAAGCUGGCGCACCCAGGUUGGAGACAACGAUACAUUCAUACAUAUUUGGGAAUAUCAGCGCUACACGGGCUACCACGAGUCCCUGCACUCUAUCUCACAACACCCAGAGUUUCGAGAUUUUGACAAGAAGCUGAAGAACUUGAUCAAAAGCAAAAAGACGUCACUCAUGCAGGAGUUUUCAUUCUGGCCAACGACGCCGCCACGCAGUCUAGGCGGUCUUUUCGAAUUGCGCUCAUACACUCUCCAUCCUGGUAACCUGCUGGAGUGGGAGACUCACUGGCGCCAAGGACUCAAGGCCCGUCGGGAGGUGAUGGAAGGCGUGGGCGCCUGGUUUGUGCAAAUCGGUGAUCUGAACACAGUGCAUCAUCUUUGGCAAUUCGCAAACUUGGAGGAAAGGAAGAUUCGUCGCGAACAGUCAUGGGGAAUUGAGGGCUGGGCCGACACUGUUCACCGAACGGUACCACUCAUUCAGUCGAUGCAAAGCAGGAUCUUGAUCCCGAUGCCUUGGAGCCCGGUGGGUUGAGCCUGCCAUUGAUCUGUCAGACUACCGAUAUUCUACGCCUUUUGACAUGUACAAAUUAUCAUCUGCAAGGCAGAUAUUCUGGUAUAUCAGUACACUGUUUGCUAAGAAAGGCUAACUGCAUCCUGCACGCUACUCGACCGGAAAUAUUUCCUGUGUCAAUGUAAUUCAUAUCAUAAAUACUCGAACAAAGUAGAGCUAGACCUACCUCCCAAUGUGUAGUGGUCCUCGCGAAAGAGAAUAAGAGUUCAGCUAUUUAUGUAAUCGAUUGUCAACAUGGUAAUCAUUGUUAUGGCGACAGCCCGAUCUCAAUUUUAUCUACAUCUCAUUCAAAAUUC